AUGUCGAACAACAAUUCUGACGAUGAGAACGGGAGUCCAGAAGCAGCAAUCUUGUCUUCCUCUCCUCCGAGAAACACGAUUGAGUUGAAAUCUAUGAGAAACAGUACAGCGACGACGAAUAGUCUGCAGCAACAACCCGAACAACAGCCUCCUAAAGCCUCUCCGACGCAACAACAACUAUUCAUUGGUCAUCAACAUCAUCACGGACAAAGACAACGAUCUCUAUCUUCCUCUCUCCAUCAUCAACACCAUCAUCACCACCACCACCAUGCACCGAUUCGGAGCCAUGCCAAUAUCCAUUCAAGACCGAAUGUACAUUCAUCGAGUGGUGGAGGUGGCUCGAGAAGCCUCUCAAGAAGUUCUUCUCCGACCAAUGGGCUUGUCGGCACAAAGAAGGAAUCGUCUGUUUCAAAUUCCUCUUCUUCUUCUUCACCUGCCAUGAAUAAUGAUUCACCUCGAAUUAUUCAAUCAUUGUAUCUGCAUCAGUUGCAUCAUAAUGAUGUCGGAGCGAGUAUUAUAAUCGGAAAUCAUAUAGUGACACCUUCAGCACCCAAUGUUGGAGGAGCAGAGGAGGAAGAGGAAACCAUCAUGAUGGAAGAUGUCGAAAGACAACAUCAAGCCGGAAUUAGAGAAGAAGACUCUCGAAUUCAUCAAAAUAGUUCUCGAACUCAUCAUUAUCAUCAUGGAGCUCGCCAAACACAUCGUCACUCUUCGCGGCAUCAUCACUAUUCUCACAAGCACCGAAAACAUUAUUUACAUCCUCGGCAUUACAGUAAAAAAGGUGGUGUGAAGAAUGGACAUGCAAAAGUGAGUUCAUUGGCCUUAUCAGUCAUGUCCAACACAGACUAUGCAGAAAGUAGAAAUUUUCGAUUCAUUGACGAUGGUUCUAAUGGAUUGGAGAAUGACAAGCGACAACAUUUUGGAUCUGUUGUCAGCUUUUUAUUUGCUGCGAUUGGAUCAAGUGUUGGCUUGGGAGACUUGGUUCGAUUUCCAUAUCUUGUUUACACUUUUGGAGGUGGAGGUUUUUUGAUACCUUAUUGUCUUUGCCUAGUGAUUUUGGGAAUUCCCUUAACCUUACUUGAAUUUUCUUUGGGAACCAUGGCACGUAGAUCCUCAAUUUUGUCUGUCUCUAAAUGGAACAGAAGAGCAUGUGGUGUGGGACUUGCAAUGUCAAUAUUUGGAAGUCUUCUUAUUCUAAGUUAUUACAACGUUAUUCUCAGUUGGGUGUGUGUUUAUUUUGUAAAUCUGUUUCAAGAAAGCCUGCCCUGGAUUGGAGCGGCAGAAGAGUUUUUCAAUUCCAAAGUGUUACUCAAAUCAGCAGGUCCUACCACCCUCUUUAGCAACUAUUCUUCAAAUUUCUUCAACGUCAAUUUUAUUUCCAUUCCAAUAUUACUGAGCUUGAUCGUCAUUUCUGUCAUCAACUUUUUUGCAUUAUUUAAGGGCGUGAGCAGUAUCAAAUUUGUUGUUUAUAUUACUGUUCCACUGCCAAUUUGCUUACUAUUCAUUUAUCUCAUGAGAACGUUACUUUUUGAGGUUGGAAGUAGCACUGGACUCUAUUACUUUUUCAAACCGGAUUUCAAUGUACUGCUUAAAACAGAGAUUUGGCUUGCAGCAGCUGGGCAAGUGUUCUUCAGCAUUGGAGUUGGCAAUGGAACCAAUCUUACAUUGUCUUCCUACCUUAGCAGAAAAUCAAAUAUUAUCAUGGCAUCGAUUGUUGUGGUUGUUGCCAACUGUUUGAUUGCCUUCAUUAGUGGUUUUACCAUUUUCAGCAUUUUGGGAGUGAUGGCUCACGAGAAAUUUGGUGCCAAUGCGAGUGCCGACUUUGACAAGCUAUUUACAAAUGAUGUCUUAUCUGGAUUGGGACUUGCUUUUAUUGUGUAUUUCCAAGCAGUCAGCUACUUACCAGUUCCACAUUUUUCUGCUCUCCUACUGAUUAUUACCAUCUUUUCAGUUGGUAUUGAUAGUGCGUUUGCAUGUGUCGAAACUGUAGUUAGUGCAGUAAUGGAUCAUUUCUCAAUGAAGUGGAAUUUGAAAAUUAAUCGAUGGAAAUACGUUCGAAAAGUGUACAUGGAAAAUUUCCACGGAGCCGACGCUGCUGUGGAGCAGUCUCAAAAGGAACAACAGAACAUGGGAAGUGAUAUCAUUUCUCAAUCUCCAACAGAGCAAAUUACUGAGUUUCCUACGUUUGAUACAGCCGAUAAUCAUGAUCUGUUACAUGAAGAAAACGUUCCAGAAAUGCCCUUCUCCUACAAGCUUUUAACCAAUAGAAAUGUAGUUGUUUUUUUGGUGUGUCUAUUGGGAUUCAUACUUGGAAUUCCAUUCACAUUAAGCAAUGGAUACUAUUUAAUUCGAAUUGUGGAUCACUACGUUUCUAAUUAUUGCCUUGUCAUGAUGGGUAUUGCAGAAUGUAUUGUCGUGGGCUAUUUUGCUUAUGGUUCAAAAUACUUCGAAAAUAAGGCAAGCGCUCUAGAAGAACCUACUGUCAUUUCCAAAUUACAGGAAAUCAUUUCUUCCACGAAUGAGACACAUGAUAUUUCAGAGAAAUGGGAAAAAGAGCUCAAUCGAAUGAUUGACCCCAACGAUGAAGAAGCAAUUGUGUCACAAGUUCUCGAAAACCACUCCUCAUGGAGAGCCAAGAUUAUUUCCAAAUGCAAAGUCAUGCUGUCACACUUUGUGGUAUUUUUCAAGUACCUCAUUCAAUUCCCUAAUUUUUUGAAAGCAUUCAACAAAUUCAGACAAUCUCCUGCUGAGUAUUGGAAAUGCUUCUUUUUCUUCUCUAUUGAGCGUUUCAAAAAUCACAUUGUUGCUAAAAAGAAGAAAAUUAUUGAAAAAUAUCCACAAGAAGAGCCCACAGAAGAAGAAUCUGGAUGCCUUAGUGACAACUCAAUUGUUUAUCGAUGUAUGGACCAGUGUACUCAAUUCUUUUUAUGGGUGUGGUGCUUUUUAAUCAAGUACGUGGCACCUAUCAUGCUCUCCAUCAUGCUUAUUUCCACAAUGAUUACUGAGACUGUUUUUCGAUUUCCAUUUUCAUUCAGUUCAGAUUCAAAAUCGAGUAAUGAUGAAGAAGUGGUUUUCAGUCUUGCUUUGGGAUGGUCUCUGGUUAUUGCAUGUCUUCUCUGUAUGAUUUGGUUUGCUGUGUUUCCUUUUGUUGAGAGAGACUCUGAAGUGUUUGGAAAGCGAAAAGUCAUUAGUUGA